UGACAGUGCAGAUUAAAAAUUUCAGCGUAGCAUAUACCUAGAUUUUCCUUCAGCACUUGGAGUCUUUCAGACUUGGAGACCCCUACGAGGCUACGAGAUGCGCGGGGGCCUACGAAGAAGGCGGGGCUCGCGGUCUCGCCUCCUACUAACCACGCUACGCCCUCAGUGCGCUCGACGCAGUGACGCGCGACGGACGUGUCGCUGUCCACUCUGAAGUUAUCGUGACGUGAAGUGUUGUGUCAUGGUGGAACAUAGUUAGGUCAUGUCUCGAAGGAAACAGAGCAACCCAAAACCUCUAAAACGUGAGGACGAGGAAUGGGGAAACGAGAGCGAAGCGAUGCCGGGAGAACCUCGCACGCCGAGCUCUGGAGGCGAGAGAGCAGCGUCCAGCGGCGGCGCGUCGCCGGCUUCAGGUGGCACCCCUGAGGCUUCACCACCAAGAUUACGUCUCAAUACUAGUCUCGCGACAGAUCCGGCACUAGCGCCACAGGCGGCGCCGUUGAAGCAUGAGCCACCAUCGCCCUCACCGCCCCCUCCACCCGCCACAACUCUGCCACAACAAGCGAAGGACUACCUCGCGUUUACAGCCAGCUUCCCAGCGCUGUUCCCGGCGGCCGCUCCUGGAUAUAUGUGUAAACCAUGCGGCAUUAGGUAUUCAUCGCUCAGCACCUUGCAAGCACAUCAAGAACAUUACUGUUCAAACAGGAACAGACCCAAAACUGCUGACGGUACUGAUUCAACUGCUGAACCGGGUACGAUAGAUGAAUCCAGCAGUGAAGCAAAAACGCCGCGUCCACCAGGCAGUAAACAAUACGCGUGCACUUACUGCUCAUAUAGCGCCGAUAAGAAAGUGAGCUUGAACCGGCACAUGCGGAUGCAUUCUUCAUCACCUGUAAGUAGUGGAACACCAGCGCCGACGCCAGCUCUUAAUGGAAACGAGUCUAAUGACGGCGCACCAGUGCAGGAUCGCUACUGUGCCGAUUGCGACAUACGUUUCAGUUCAAUCAAGACUUAUCGUGCACAUAAACAGCAUUAUUGUAGUACAAGGCAAGUUGUAAAGCAAGCACUGGCCAUCGCUAGAGGCGGCUCAGCAACUUCAGGGUCCGCGCCACCGUCGCCUGGCGCCACACCUCCCGCACAAAAUCAAUAUGCGCUCGCUUUACCAACUAAUCCAAUUCUGAUUGUACCAUAUUCACUUCUGAGAAGCGCAAGUACACUUCCUGGUGCAACUCUCCCAGAUCCCGACACGCCCUGUUUUUUAUUGCCAAAUGGAACAUUCCAGCCCAUAAGCAGAGCUUUGCCUAACUUAAAUGCUGAUAGUAAGGAAACUGAAGUACUGAAAUCAGCAAAUAGACCGCGUGAACCGUCGAGAGACGCAGCUACGCCACUAGAUCUAAGCGUGCGUCGAUCACCGGAGUCGGCUACUACUGACGAGCAUGAAAAAGAAAACAGAAUACGAUCAGCGACUCCUGAACAGAUAGUUUGUGCCCCGUCAUUACCAGCAUCGCCUGCAACACCAUCGCCUUCACGUAGAUCGUCAUCACCAAGUGGAGAGAGUUCUCCUAAGCGACGACGGCGAAGUUCCAGAGGACCUACUCCGAAACCACCAAGCGUACCAUCGCCACCAGAAGAGAAGUUCUCUCAAACUGUUCCCGCGCCCAUAUUACCUUUAGCAUUGCGUCUGGCGACAGAAUUGCCUGUGACUGUCACGACGGCCUCACCUCAAGUCAUAGUCAAACAGGGAGUCUCGAAAUGCAAAGAAUGCAAUAUAGUGUUCUGCAAGUACGAAAAUUACCGUAUUCAUAAGCGGCAUUACUGUUCUGCCGGUGGUGGGGAGGAGCGAGCGAGCCCCGCGCCGCCUGAGCCGGGGCCGCCGCCGCAGUAUCGGCAGUUGAUUUGUUUAGCGUGCGGGAUACACUUUAGUUCGCUGGAUAACUUGACGACUCAUCAGUCUUAUUAUUGUACGAAGAGGGAAACUAGAUCUCCUAGGAGCGUGCCUGAAGUGCCGCGGCCAGCGUCCGUGACCGAAGGUGGCUGGAAGUGCCCUUGUUGCGAUGUGGUGUCUCCGACGGCUGCAGCUGCCCAGAGGCAUAUGGAAGCCCACGCCGGGGUGAAGGCUUUCCGCUGCACGAUCUGUAGAUACAGGGGCAAUACACUUCGCGGAAUGCGAACGCAUAUCCGAAUGCAUUUCAACAAUAAGAAACCGGCUGAUUUGCAGGAGGAGAGCUACAUAGCAUGCGUGCUAGAAGAAGACAACCGCGAGACUACAUCUCCAAGUCCAGCGGUGGGCGGGGAGCGCAUACACCGCUGCGGGAGUUGCGCCUAUACCUCCACAUACAGGGGCAACGUCGUCAGACAUGGCCGACUGGUCCACGCCAUAGACGAACCGGAGCAAGAGGAACAGACAUCCCCAGUACCCGUCGUCGACAUAAAAAAAGAACCAGACGCAGAAGUAGAAGAAACACCCAACUACUGUAAAUCAUGUGACAUAUCGUUCAAAUACGUCAACACUUACAAAGCGCACAAGCAAUUUUACUGCACGGCAAAUAACCAAGACGCCAGUGCCAAUAACAAUGUGCCAGCACCGCCGCCCGCCGCGCGAGUCAACACUCCCGUGCUUUGAACUAAAAAAAUAAAAAGGGCGUGAAAAGCAACGUUCCAAAUUGAAAUUCUGAAAUUUUUCAUCGCUGGCAAAACAUUUAAACGCUUGUGUUGCUUUAUAAAGUAUCCUUGUAAUUAUAAUCGUAAUUAGACUAAUUAAAAUUGUAACUUCUAAUUUUGGAUUAAAUAAUAAAAUUAUGUGCAAUAACGGAUAUAUUCGAUUCAAAAAUCGUUCAGCAUAUCAAAGCCAAAAUGAUGUUUCGUAAUAACAUAGUGAGCGAAAACACGAGAAUGGACGUAACGUGAGUCGUGUGUGAAAAUCCUCAAGUAUAUUAAUAUUUAGAAUUUUGUUACAAACUUGUUGUGUAAAAAUAUUAGUUAGAAAAGUUAACCUCUUCGUCUUUGUAUUAGUAUACGUUAAAAAUUACCAAAUUGUAAAUAAAUUGUAAAGAUAUUAUUACACUAACUAAAUUUUAUUACCAUUUGUUCUAAGUGAUUGUUCUGUCUUUGUUGUUAAUUUUGUUUAUUAUUAAAAUAUUCUUAGAUACGCCUGUGCUAAACAGUACUUGCUCAUUCCAUAUAAAUAUACCUAUCAGUGGUAUCUCAAAUCUAAAUAACAUUGUGAUUUAAAUAUGGUUAGUCAGUAUCUAAGCUAAGCUUAGUUGGUACACUGGUUUCAAGCAUACCGUAAAGAUAAUACAAACUGAAGUAAAUUCACACUUUUCACUUUAGAUUGUAACUGUGUGAAUUGCCGAUAAUCUAGCUAUUACCAAACAGUAAUAGACUGUAUAUAAGAAUGCAAUUUCAGUUUAAGAAAACAAAAAAAUAGUUUUAUUUUAUAAUGUUGAUUUGGUAACGGAAAAUACAAUAUGGCGCCCAAAUUUAAAUUCCCAAUCACGCGAAGUUUAAUUUGAUUGGUUUAGGAACUGUCAAAAUGUAAAAAGUGUUAUUUUGAGAUUCGUGGAUUUUUUUUAUUGCCUAAUACUGGUAAUAGCUAGGUGUUAAGUUCUGGUUUUAAAAAAUAUCUCGAUUGUAAAUGUAUUCUGUAAAGCAAAAUACCAUGUUUUGUCAUGCCAAAGCAUCGCUAGAGUAAUUGUAAUUUGCAUUUAUAGGUAUCUCACUAAUUAUAGUUGUAUUGCCUUACUAUUAACUAUGGGAUGCUGGUAGUAUACAUCCUCUGUAUCUUUUGCGUUCGAUAUUCAAAUUCGAAAUGUAAAAACCGUUUUUUUUUUAUUUUUGCAGUAGAAUGCAACAAUUAUUCUUUAUUUGUGAAAUAUUAACUAAUCAGCCUUUAUUAAUUAACACAAUGCUAACAUUUUAUUCAACUUUUGCUCCUAAAAGUAUUCAGCAUUCCAUAUUUAUUAGUUAAGUCAUUAGAGUUAAGUGAAUACAAGACUUAUUUAGUAGAAACCUACGUACGAUACGAUAUGUGUAUUCAUUUGUGUUUGUCUGUUGGAAAAUGUCUCGAUUCGGCCGCAUUAUAGAAGUGGUCAAAAAUCAGGUACUUCCUCUUAUUGUGACGUAAUUGGUUAAAUUAGUACAUACGAGAACAACAGUGAUUUAAAUUUUACUUAACACUUUUGUUCGCGACUGUAUUAAAAUACAGGUGCAAAGUGUUAAAGUCAAAAUCACUUUUAUUCACGGCUGUACUUAUAAUAGACGUAAAUGAUCAUGACAUUUAUGUAGAAAUUCAUAUGGAAAAGCAUCUGACGUGAUGUGCCAUAAAUCCGUUCUUGGUUGUUAAUUUCUAUAACUCGGUUAUUUAAUGCCAGCUCUGCACUAUCGGCAAAUAGAUCGUCGUACAAUGCUUUUUAAGGUUAAAAAAUCUCAUACAAUCACCACAAUGUACAUUCAUUCGGCAUAUGUGUUCGCCGAUAGUCUAGGAGUAAUAAAAGUGCUCCGUACUAACUUUGAGCUGGCGUCACAAAUCCACAAAAAAACCCGCUGCUAUAUGUGGAACUAAAACUAUUAGUAAUAGGUCGGCCACGUUGCUUUUGUCGGCGACUGUAGCCUAGUGCGGUCUCUUAUUUCCCACUACACAUGGCUGCGCGUGACAAAUAUUAUUUUAAAAAUCCGAAAAUUCACACUUUUGGCUUCAAAAUAACGUCGACUAUGCCAUUCCGUUUCUUCAAAUGACCGAAUUAUACACUUAAAGACGGCAUCUCGAAUAUUUCUAUUGAUCCUACUGAUUUUAUAAGUUAUCUGCAUAUUGUAAGCAUUCUUUUUUCUUUUCGAAAAGUUUUUUUUUACAAAACUGUAAACAUGUUCACGGUCAAGAUUUUUUUUUUUUCAGUUCAGUUCAACUAUAUUUGUUGGAUCUAAGUCAUUAUAAUGGCCUUCAAUAUGAAACGUCGACAUAUCGCAACCACAUACAUAAGAGUAAACUUUAAGUUAUGCUUGUCUGUUGUCGCAACGCAAAACGUACUAGUACAGUCAACCGCAUGCCAAUUACCCUCAAUGGACUUCUAUGCGGGCAAUGAUUUCGGGUAGUUUGAUGUGCUGUUGACUGUACUUAAUUUUAUUGCUCCAUCAAGACUGGGCUAACACGCACACUAGCGCCAUCAUAUUUUUAUCAAUUUUAGUUUAUAGCGAAAACUAAAUAGAUACCACAGAUUAAACCACACUAGAUAAAGCAUUUUCUUUGAUAAUAUUAUAGUUGUCCAUAAUACAAAAUAUAUUCAUAAUAUCGACGAUAUGUAACUAUUUUAGCCAUCUUUAAGUAAAUUGUGGCAACCGUGACCGAUAAAGAACUUAAUACUUUAAAAUAACAUGAAUUGUCUUGUGUAGCAUAAUCACCUGUGAGUUUUCGAUAUUAAUUAAAAGGAAUUUAUAAAGUGCGAUUGUGGCGCUAGUGUGCUAGUGGCCCAGCUCACUAUUCAACCGAAAAAUUGCAAUUUAAUUUACCUCCAACAGAAACUGAAUUUAGAUUUUGUAAAAUAUGAGUUGCGAGUGGUUUUGUUUCUCUAUAAUUAUCCGAAAAAAUACCUACAGUAAAUCUGUAAUAUAAUCAUAGAAAGUUUAAAGUGAUACGCAUAAAGUUAUAAUAACAAUAACUGAGGUAGGCAAACAAUGAUAUUGUAAAAUAUGCCAGACAAUAAAUUAUUUAUCACAUAUUAAAA